AUGACACGACGGGCUACCACCGUUACCACGCGACUGAUCGAUAAUGGGAGGGAGUGCCGAUGCCGUCGUCAUGUUCGCUGUUCUUUGGUUUUCGGUUUGUUUGCAUCGUGGCAUGUAUCCACGCUGUUCGAAAAUGAUCGACACUUUUCUCAUCUUUCGGAAAUCGAGCGAGAGAUGUCCUUUAGGACUGAGAUGGGAAUGUAUUAUUCUUAUUAUAAAACCAUCACUGAAUCCAAAGACUUUUUUGAUGGGAUGGACAAGAUCAGUCAUGACAAUCUAUCAGAGUAUGGUAAUGUUAUUGAUGCCAGCAGAAAAUAUAGUCUUUUACCUGAGAUUUUAGCAGGUUUCCUUUAUCAUGUUGCAAGAAGUCUUGGUAUCGUAUCUCAGGAACAAUGUUGGCAGAUAGAAAGAGGAGAUGGUUUGCCACCGAUAACUAGUUGUGAAGGCCUGGGUGUACCUGUGUAUUUCUAUCUAGAAAUAGUUUGGUUUACCACAAUUAUCACAGCAGCGGUGCUCUUUUAUUAUGCAACAUUCCUGAGUAAUUCCAUUUACGGUGGAUUCAUAACAAUUCUGUUCUUCUUUUUUAAUCACAACGAAUGCACUCGUGUUCAGUGGACACCACCGUUACGAGAAACUUUUGCAUAUCCUAUGCUACUUUUUCAAAUGUACAGUACUACUAUGGCUAUUAAAAAAUAUACAAAACACAAUGGAGAUAAAGAGCCAAUUUCAUUAAGAAACAGAACUAGGCAAGGAUUACUCAUGGAUAUAUUUGGUUUGACAAUUUGCAGCUUAUGCACUUGGCAGUUUUCGCAUUUUGUUUUUACAACGCAAAUUGUAGCGAUUCUUAUACUAAAAUGGCUGAGAAUCAUUCCGUAUGAGUUUUAUAAAAAUUUUUGUAUAACUCAUGUUUUAGCAAUUGCAGCAGUAACUAAGAUAACAAAUGGAACUCUUAUUAUUUGUUCACUCUAUACGUGCAUCAUAAUCAGCAGUAAUGUGGCCAAUUUUAUAACAAAAAUAUCUCGAUUUCAAAAUAUCAAACGAGAAAUUUUUGAAAUCGCUAUAACGAUAAUUUUUACAAAAUGGAUAAAAUCUUAUGUCUUAUAUUCUCAAGACGAUGCCCAUAUCUUCAACAUAUUGAAAUCUAAAUUAACAAAUUAUAAAGAUUUCCACACUAUGCUCUAUACAUGUUCUGCAGAAUUCGACUUUCUGCAAUAUAAAACAUAUGAAGCGAUUAUUAAGACUUUAUUAUUGCCAACGGCAAUACUCGCUGGAAUUCUCGCGUUGUAUUACUGGUACAGAAGUUACAAGACGAUCGAUUAUCCAUUUUGCAUAGAGGCUGAUGUAGCAUACAAUGGCCUACAGACUGGCGCCUUCAUCAUUAUGGCCAUUUUCAUUAUGAGAUUAAAGCUAUUUAUGACACCACAUUUAUGUAUAAUAGCUGGUGCCGUGUGUAGCAAACGAUAUCUCGAAAAGAUCGGUUUGAAAAGUGAACUUAUGCGACUUGCCUUUGUUAUUCUUUUAGUAAGUGGUAUGUCGUAUCACGGUAUUGACAGACUUCAAGAAGAACGUAGUUUUAUAGGCGAAUAUAGCAAUCUUGAACAAGAAGAUUUAUUUGAAUGGAUAAAAAGUAAUACACCGAAACAUGCCGUAUUUGCAGGAAAGAUGUCAUUGAUGGCAAAUUUAAUGCUAUCGACUAGAAGAUCGAUCGUUAAUAAUCCUUAUUACGAGAGCAAAGAAAUGAGGGAUAGAACAAUGAAAGUUUAUGAGAUUUUCAGUCGAAAAGAUGCUGCCUCUGUAUAUACUUCUUUAAGAAACAUGAAAGUUAGUUAUGUUAUAUUAGAGGAACCGUUGUGCCUUGGAUUUGCAAACGUACCGCGAGGAUGUCAAAUGAUUGACUUAUGGGACGCGGUUGAUAAUGGAACGGCAAAAAUCGCGAAUAAACCGCCUCUAUGUCCUCUCUUGUUCAAGGGAAAUGCGUAUCCAUUCAGAAGAGCAUUUGUUAACAAUAAUUUUGUUGUGUUACAACUAGAUUAUUCGCAUUACGUAGAAUUUAAACCAAAGACUUCCAUACCAUUGCGUUAUCAAUUCUAACUCCAAAAAAGUAAGUAAAAAUCUCCUGAACAGUACGGGAUACCUCGUGAGACUAUAAAAGCUUAUUUUUCAUAAAACGGAAGUAUUAUCUACAUAUAAAGAAAGAUAUAUUUUUAUAAUAUAUAAUGAAGAUUCACGUAAUAAGUUAAAUAUUAACACUGUGAACCUUUGCAAGUCUAUCAAGUAGACUUAUAUGUAAUUUGUGAAGGGGCAUUAAAAAAUUUUUAAAGCACAUAAUGUUCCUAAUAUUAUAAAAUCGAAUUUAUUAUCUAUUUAAUCAAGGAAAUCUAAUCUUUGUUUUAGAAUAGGGACUUAAAAUGCAGCUUAUAUAUUGCAGCUAUUAACAAAGCAUAAUACAAAAUAUAUUCAUAACGUUAUAUUUACUAAAUUUUACAAUAAUGAAUGCAAUUGUUAGCAUCGACUAGCAAAAAUGUACAAAAAAAA